AUGGAAGCAGAAGGAAGGAGUCAGCAGGGUAAGCUAAAGAAGGCGAGAGUUUGUAGCAGCCUCUUGCCUGAGAGCUGCCCUCCCGCUGGGACUAUGACAUCCAUGAUGGACAUGAGUGCUCAGGCCUACAGGAAGCUCUCUGGUGCCAGAGUGGGGAGACCAAGGCUGUCCCCACAAGGAGCACAGAGGGGUCGCCCACACUUUCGGCGACGCCACCGCACUACCUUCAGCCCAGUGCAGCUGGAACAGCUGGAGUCAGCCUUUGGGAGGAACCAGUACCCUGAUAUCUGGGCUCGGGAGAGUCUUGCCCAGGACACAGGCCUCAGUGAGGCCAGAAUCCAGGUCUGGUUCCAGAACCGCAGAGCUAAGCAACGGAAGCACGAGAGGUCACUGCUCCAGCCACUGGCCCAUCUGUCUCCUACCACCUUUUCUGGUUUCUUACCUGAGUCCCCUGCUUGCCCUUACUCCUACACAACAUCACCUCCAUCUGUGACCUGCUUUCCUCACUCCUACUCCCAUGCCCUUACCUCCCAGCCACCUGCAGGUGGCUCCUUUGCUCUUCCACACCAGUCUGAGGACUGGUAUCCCACCUUGCACCCAACCCCCGCUGGUCAUCUGCCCUGUCCCCCACCCACAUCCAUGCUUCCCCUCAGCUUUGAACCACCAAAGUCCUGGAACUAA